ACAAAACAUAGCCUGGAUGAACAGUGCCCUCUAGAGGUCGCCGUUGCGUCCUUUGACUCCGGUGUUAUAUGUCAGAAUAGGUUUAAAUAAAUGUAUUGUAUCAUGUUGCUGUUAUGUACCGCGUCCAAAAUAAUUAUUCGGAAGUAUCAAUGAAGUUUGGAACGUGGUGACGCGUGUCUGAGUUAAUCCGCUAGGAGACGCUGCUCGUUUAGUCUGUGUUGUGACGAGCGAAAGCAAUGGAUGCCAUAUUUCACGAGAAACAAGAGGGCUCCCUCUGUGCCCAGCACUGUCUUAACAACCUGCUGCAGGGUGAGUAUUUCACCCCCGUGGAUCUCUCCUCUAUUGCGCAUCAGUUGGAUGAAGAGGAGAGGAUGAGGAUGGCAGAGGGAGGAAUGGGCAGCGACGAGUACCAAACCUUUUUACAGCAACCAUCUGGUAACAUGGAUGACAGCGGGUUCUUUUCAAUACAAGUCAUUAGCAAUGCUCUCAGGGUUUGGGGACUGGAGCUUAUCCUUUUCAACAGCCGGGAGUACCAGAGCCUGAUGAUAGAUCCAAUAAAUGAAAAUGCCUUCAUAUGCAAUUACAAGGAGCACUGGUUUACCAUUCGCAAACUUGGACAACAGUGGUUUAACUUGAAUUCACUUUUGACUGGACCAGAGUUGAUCUCAGACACAUAUUUAGCCCUUUUUCUUGCACAGUUACAACAAGAAGGUUAUUCCAUAUUUGUGGUCCAAGGAAAUCUCCCAGACUGUGAAGCAGACCAGAUUCUUGGCAUCAUGAAAGUGCAACAACAGCAGCGGCCAAAACUUAUUGGCGAGGCCCAAGCUCAGACGAGUGCAGGCAGGUCAUCAAUAUUGGGUCAGACGGAGACGAGCUUUGGUGUGCAGAGUGACGUUGUGGAUGAAGAUGAAGAGUUGAACAGGGUUCUCGCGCUCAGCAGACAAGACAUUGACGUAGAUGAUGAGGAGGCGGAUCUGCGCAGGGCCAUUCAGCUUAGCAUGCAAGGAGCUGCGUUGACCAACACUUCUUCAGAUUCUGGUAGUGGACAUGUGAGAGUGGACGGCGAGGCUGCAGGACAACUAAGAAUGCACAAUGAGGCACUUACAGCAGAUGAGCUGAGGAAGAGGCGGCAAGCCUACUUUGACCGGCAGCAGCAACCCCUCCAGUCCACCAUUCCACAACAAGCCAACACAACAUCUAUAGAGAACCGUUGCACUGAAGUGGACCAACAACAAAAGCCCAGCCUGUGAAGGUGGAAAGUGUCUGCUUUUGAUGAAAAGCUGUAACGCCUCCGAAUUCAGGGGUCGCUUUGCUCCUUCCGCUAAUCUACCUUUUUGCACCUUUUGCGAACGUGCUGACAUUCAGGAGACGGAACCGAUUUCGUCCGUUCGUUCGCUGAUGGGCAUCAGAGAAUGAUUAGAGAGAGAAAAAAGGCAGUAAGGCGCCAUGAUGUUGCUGCCACCGAGGCUGCGAUGACGCUGAACUCUGGAUGCAGUGAAACAAGUGUGCCUUUUUUUUCCCUUUUAAACCAUGGCGCCUUCAACUUCUACUGUAUAUUAUUUCCUAAUUUUCUGUCUGCAAGAGAUAGACUGUUGUUUUCAAAAGGGUGUUUUUGGUGGGAGCUAAAUUCAUAGCGCUUGUCCGCUGUGAAGUUGUACAAGCGCUCCCGCGAUUCUGUCAAAUCCCAUUUACAGCAGUUGUUUGUUUUAGUCAUUCGUUGUGGGUACCAGGCUACAAAACACUUGAACGCCAGCUCCUAAAAUGUCUUCUCAUGCAAUAUCAUAAUGUCGUGCAUCGUUGUACUUUUGAGUUGAGAAGAUAAUUGAGCAACACCAUUUUUCGGUUGGUGUGGCUUGCUUACUUUGUUCAUUAGUAAUCAUAGUACAGUAACUCAUAUCAUUGUAAAUUUUUCAGUCGGUCUACUUUGGAUAGACGCAAAACCAACAUUUGCUGUGGGGUGACGUUUUAAAGGAGACGUCAUAUUUUCCUGGUUGUUGCUGCCAAGAUGUAUACAGGACUUUUAAAGGGAACAGGAUUUGCAAUCCACAUCUGAUAAAUGAAUCAAUUCAUUAUUCCAGCAGGAUUUAUUAUCAGUGUCGAAGGUGACGAAUGGAUGACUUCUGUUUCGACCAGUUCCCUUUAAAAAGGUUUGCGAUUGAAUUGCGCUGUUUUAAAUGAUUAUGUGUUUCUGCCACCGAUCGAUUGUGGCCUUCCUUCCAAAUUGAAUGGUGACGUUUUUUUUUUUUAAUGAGCUGUUGAUUAGAAAUCCAAAGACCACAUCCGAGCAUUAACCGUCAUUGUAUUAUGGGGCCACUUCCAGCUCUGCUCAAGUGGAAUUUAAUAAGACAUUCAAAUCAUGUGCAGUUUGACCUCAGGGGAAGGGAGAUUCCAUGUGUGCUUUCAUUUCCCACUUCCCCUUUUGAGUCAAUCGUGUGUUGCUUGAUUUAAAAUGUACAGGUAAGCAUGCAAAUGAGGACUAGUUUGACGUUCACUUGCUUGUCACUAUAAGCACUAACGCAUCAUUUUGCCAUGCUUUUAUUCCCUAACGCUCACAUUCUGAAAAGUACUGUAUAUAUUCUGGUGAUGUUCCAGGAUUAAAGAAACAUUCACAAUG